UGGAAUAGAAUCAUUCCGCAGAACAAAAGAAAGCUGCUGUGAAAAUUGCCAAUGGGCUUGCAGAGUCGAACUUUGGAGAUAUGGCAAUGUGCAGAGACAAACCUGAUGGGGUUGAAGUUUGAAGGUUUGUGUCUCAUGUUUCCCGAACAUGCUAUGACUUCUCUUGUCAGCGCUCACAUGAAUUCCGGAUGCACACCUGUAGCUUUCGGUCAUUUGAGUUCAAGGAGCAAAGAGCUGCGCAAUAGCAGCUCAUCAGCUCAGCUGGCUAAAGCUAGAGGCGUUUUAAGAGGCAUGUCCAUUAUGCGCUGGUCCCGUUGCAUGGUCAUGGCUGUGGCAGCUGCGUGCUUGGCAGCUUUGCUCGGGUGCGGCGAUGAGGAGAUAACGUAUCCUGAAUGCAGCAGCUUCAGCAAGAAUGGUGUUUCACCAGUCACCGACGCGACCACCUGUCGCGAAGCUUGUGUGACAGCUGAAGGCCUAGCCGAAGUGAGUGGCCAGUUGGAGGAUUUCAAAGGCAGCGCCAGUGCUGGUGAGUGUUCUUGCAUCCAGGCCAGCGGGGGCUACCGGACGAUAUGCAAGGACUCCAACUACACACGAUGACAAUGGCGCUCAGUGAUGCGGAUGCGAUAGUGUCUCGAGUCCGCAGAUGUUCAGAAUCCACAAGGCUAUGGCUGCUUCAUUUUUGAACGUUCAAC